UUACGCAACACAUUUCUUGUUUUUAACAUGCAUUUCUAUUUGAAAACGCAGACUUUUCGUAAAUGUGGUGUCCUGGCAAAAACCGGUCAAUUUUAAACACUUGUGAAUAAUUCGAUAAUAAUUUGACAAUUCAUCAUUGGCAACACUGAGUACUUGAGUGCCAGUUCGAAUGACUAAAAAAUAAAUAAAAAUAAAGAAUGCAUUUGAAUUUGUUUCAUGUGGAGAAUAAUUAUAUAAAUCCACAAUAAUGGAUAAACUAACACUUAUAUCCGGAACUUUAUUCAUGGCUGCUGAUAUUUUUGCAAUAGAGACACCAGAUUAGGAUUAAUGUGGACUUGCAUGACAUUAUAUAAUAGACCUCAAAUAUGUUUCACACCUGACCUUCAACCAGAAUGGUUACUUGCAUUAGUGUGUAUUUUUGUUGGCUGCAUAUGCAUUACCACUACAAUAAUUUUACUUGCUUCCUCUCAUUGGGAUCGAAAUGUUGUUCCUUAUGCCAGAUGGGUUGGAUUCACAGCAAUGGUUCUCUUCUGUUUGGCUGCGGUAAUCUUUCCAAUGGGAUUUCAUGUGGAUGAGAUUGGUGGCCAACCUUACCAGCUUCCAGGUAGUCAUCAGGUAGGAAUAUCUUACAUUUUAUUUAUUUUAGCUUUGUGGAUAACGGUAAUAUCUGAAUUGUUUGCUGGAAAAGUAUGCUUACCACACUUCUAAGUUAUUUCAAUCUACCCGGUGAACUAUUCUAUGUAAGAAAACUAUGAUGUAAUUAGUAGGUAUCAUAUAAACAUUCAUUAUAUGUUUUAUAAAUGAUUAAUUUUUCACUCAACUACAGAACUGUGAUUAUAUAUUGUAUUGUUAAUGAUCUGGAAAUAUUAUAGUUUUAAUAGAUAUAAUAGAUUUAAUUUUUAAAUUGUAGAUUUUGGAAACCCAAAAAUGUACCUCUGUCUGCCAAUCUCUCUAAACAAUAUCAUCUUGUUCAACCUUUUUUCUCAAGGUUUUUAAAAUUUUAUUUGACCGAUUUUUUUACUGACAAGUCAUCAUUCUACCUUUAUUCCAUCAGAAUAUCUUGGAAACUUUUAGUUUGUCUAAAUAACAAUUUAAAAUGUUUCACCUUUAAAGCAAAAUCAGUUGUGAAAUUCAGGGUUACAGAGUGGAUGGCUUCUUUUUGUUUGUAAUGUUGGCAGCUUUAACGAUAUGCACAAUAUUUUUUUUCUAUACUGUAUUAUACGAUUGGUUUGACUGCAUUAUUAAAAACAUUUUUUGUAUGCCUCAGAAACUUAAAAUAACUUUACAAGUGUUUUUACUUUUUAAAAGAGAAUUGAAAUCAUCUUGAAAACAAUCAGACAUGGACUCAUCUUUACUGCUACAAAAUUAUUGAAAAUUUAUUUAACAAGGGUUUUUAAAUUGGGUGGGUCUCAUGAGCAUAUUCUUCAAAUCUUUCUUAAAAUGAUAAAAAUUACUACUAAAUAUGAUUCAUCAAUAUGAGAAUGAAGUUAGUUAUUUGUUUGUUUCAUAUAUUUCCUUAUAUGUAUUAUUUGAAUUAUUUUUUAAAAUUUUUUAUUCUUUAGAAGUUUUAGACCUGAUAGUCGAAGAUGAAUAUAAUUGAACUCUAAACUGUCAUGUACCAGUAUAAAUAGUGACUGAUUGCUUGCUUCACAUUAAUCUUCAGCACAAUAUUUAUAGAAACUCUCAUCUGAUUAUACAUUUGAUUGAAAAUUCAUAAAACUUUAACCAAUAUUAAUUUAUAAAUCAGUAGGACUCCAAAUUUAUUACAUGAAUAAUUAAUUUACGUUAAGUAAAUUAUCUGUACCUAAAGCUAUUAAACUAUCAGCUCAGCAACUGAAAGUUGCUAAGUGGAAAUUUUUUUAAAGUUGAAAUUCAGAAUAACUCAUCUCCACAAGCGACUAAUUUGAAAUUGCAAAUAAAAUUCGUUAACUUUCAAACGAGUGUCUAUGAAAAAAUAUGUUGUUACAUAAAGUGGUCUUUUUUAUUACUACUCAUUUGUAGCAGUAUCAAUGCGAACAUCAGUAGCUCUGUUAAUAGUCAUUUUCAUAUAUUUAUGUAAAACACAUUAUAAUGAAUCAUAACUGAAUUUAACUAGUACAAUACAGUAUUCUCCACUCUCAUAUAAAAAUAAUGUCACGGGUUUAAUAAGAUGAAUAGAAAUCUUGGUGUAUUUGCUGAUUCAAUUUUUGAAAGUUUUAGACACCUUCUUGAGAAAAAACUUUUUGG